AUGGUUAAACUUGAAGAGGUAACAAAUGAAAAAUAUUUCCCUCGUGGUGGAGGUUCUGACAGACCAAAACCAACUAAAGAAGGGUUCCCAACUAAAGGUUUGAAGAGAAAGUCAGCAGUCCCAGAGCAAAACGACGCUAAGAAGGCAAAAGAAGAGUCAUCUUGGAUUCCUAAAGUUGACGAUUUCAUUGAUGGUCUAACUGGUCUUGGAGUUGUAGCUGAGCUUUUUGAUGAUGGAGUCUUAUUGCACACCGCUGGAACUCACACCGUCAAAAUUCACGCAGCAGAAGUCUCCGCAAAUUUUACGGACCUGUUCAACGAGAAUAAAAUCGAGAUCAAGGAUGCGUUCCAGAUCGGUCAAAUGGUUCCAUUCAGAGUGAUUAGCAAAAAGUCUGGAAAUGAUAAAGGAAGAUCGAAAGCAAGUUGUAAUCCAGCGAGACUUAAUAAACACCUCUCUCCAAAUAUGCUUGUUGCCGGUCUUGUAAUUCAUACCGCAGUGACCAGUUUAGAAGAAAAAGGAGCGAUUUUGGAUGUUGGACUCGAUCAAAUGACAGGAUUCAUUGAGAAAUCACAGUUCCCAGCUGCAGGAUUGAGAGAAGGACAGCCACUCGUUGUUAGAGUUCUUUCCACAACUUCUCGAGUUGUCAAAGUUACUUCGUUUGUUGAACAAGACAAUUUAAAUAUGUCUAGUUGUGAGAAACUUCAAUUGAAUCAUUUGAUGCCUGGAACCAUUCUGGAGUGUGAGCCAACAGGAGACGCUGUAACUGCAGGAGUUAUCGUUAACAUUGGAAACGGAUUGAAGGGAAUUCUCCCACGCCGUAACUUGCCACCACGUCUUCGAGAGAAUCCAGAGAAGCUUGGAAAAGCAAUUCGUGCUGUUGUCAUGUUCUGCCAACAGAAUUCCAAGGUCCUUGUACUCAACGCUCAUCCGGAUAUUGUUGCAGUGAGCCGUGUUGAAAAGCGAACAUCUUUUGAAGGAAUCCAAAUUGGAGACAAAGUACAAUGCACUGUAGUCGAUGUGAUUCCCACGAAGAGUAUUGUAUACUUCACUUUGCCGCCAACAGAUGGAAAGAAGUCUCUUGUCACUGCUGUCUCGUCGCGAGGUCUUUUGGAAAAGCCAGAUUCGGUCGCAACAGAAUACGAAGUCGGAACGGAGAAGUUCUGCAGAGUUACAGGAUUCCGUUAUGCUGAUAGAGCAAUCACAGUUUCUACGAGAAAAGAUAUUCUGAAUCAGAAGAUCACAAAAUACCAGGAUGCAAAAUGCGGUGACGUCCUUGAUGCUCGAGUUCAUCAUGUGGCCAAAAAUGGAGUCUACUUUUCGGUGUGCAACUUUGUCCAAGCCUUCGCUCCAAUGAGUUUGCUAUCUGAUAAGUCUCUAAAUCUACAAAAGCUCAAAGCCAAAUUCCAAGUUGGUACAGAAACCAAGUGUCGAGUAUGGCAAAUUUGCGAUCAGAGGAAAAAUUUGAUUGUCACAUGCCGCGAACAAAUCAUCGCAUUAAAAGGGCCAUCAGCGAAUAGUGUAGAAGAGUUGGAGAUUGGAAAUACACUUCCAUGCAUCGUCAAAAAAGUAUUUGAUUCUGGAGUGGUCCUUCUCGCCACAUUCAAUAACAUUUGUGGAGUUCUCCGGAAAGAAGCCGCCAUUCACUUACCAGCAACUCCAAAAGUUAACGAUUUUGUGGUUGCUAACGUUGAGAAAGUCGAGGAUAACAAUCGAGUCGUUUUUGUCCUCCGUGAUGCGAAUCCAAAUGCUGCAUCUCAGAAUUCUCAAAAGAAGUUGGCCCAAAGAGCGAAACCAGCUGACGGAGGAGUUAAUAUCGGAAAGGUUUACAAGGGAUCUCUGACAGCGAAGAAAGGAGAAAAGGCGAAUGUUACGUUCACCGGAGAGAACAAGAAAGAAGUAUUCGCUUCUGUUGAUGAUCAUCUACUUUCUGAUCUCCUCGAUGCUCCAAUCGGUCUAACGAAACGAUUGCUCGCUGAAAACAAAGAAGAGGUCUCCCGAAUCGUUCCAAUGGGAAAAAUCGCAGCUGUCAAUAGAGCGUGUGUGAAGAGAUCUGUAGCUCGAUUUGUGAAAGGAAUGAAGCUACCGAAAAAGAUUGAAGAUUUGAAAGAAGGACAAGUUGUGGUUGGAGUCGUAGGACAAAUCAUCACUAAUCUCGGAGUAUUUGUGGAAGUUGUUGGAGGAGCGGGUCUUAUUGGGAAGGUUUUUGAGAGAAAGAACGCCAAGAGCUCAUCGGAACUCCUCGAAGUUGGUCAAGUGGUGAUCGGAAAGAUUGAGAGCGUUGAUGUCGCCAAAAAGAGCUUCUUGAUUGAUCCAUGUACUGAAAUGGACAAUGGCGAACAUAUGCUUGAGCAAUACGCCCUUCCACUCUUGGAAUCAAUUGUCGAAGAAGUGAAAUGGCUCGCUGAGCACUCGACUUACCCAGCUCCGGGCUCCAAAGUGAACGCAAGAGUCACCAAAGAGCUCGAUGAUUUGACACUUGUUGAAUUCGAGCAUAACGGAAAGAAGAUUGCUGGAGUGGUACCGAAGAAAGCUGGUGAUGAUUCUUCUUCUGAAAAGGAGACACCCAAAAAGAAAAAGAACGCCACCAAGACAUUGAUUGUUGUGGAUAUCAAUCACUCUACAAACGAAGUCGUUCUCGCUGCUCUAGCCACUGAUGACGCUAAAAUUGUUGCCAUCCUCUCUGAUGAAAAAGUGAAACUUCACAUGGUCGUGGAUGCGAAGGAGCCGAAGUUGGUGUCAGAAGGAGUUUAUAUUGCAACCAGAGGAGGCGGUGAUGUUGAUGAUGUUGCUAGAACCAAUCUUAUCAAGAAGGAAUUCAUUGGAAGUGCCAAACCAGCAGAAAAUAAAAGAGAGGAUGGUGGAGAGCAAGGAAAGAAGAGUAUCAAGAACUUUGGAAUCUACACAGGAAUCGUUUUGGGACAAACAAAGUUUGAAGAAAACCGAAAGAAGAAUUCGCUGUUCGUUGAUAUUCGUCUACCUGGAGAUAACAUUGGACACCUUCAUGUUUCUGAAUUCCCGCCAAAUCUUCUCAACGCCAAGAAUCCUUUGGAAGAGUUCUUGGAGAGAAAUAAGAAUAAGCAAGUGGUAGUGAGAAUUAUUGGAUUUGAAAAAGGAUCGCAAGGUUCUAAAAUCGCUCAACUCACCAUGAUCCCAUCGAAAAUUCAAGCCGGAAAAGUUCGUGCAUCAGUCCUUUCCUUCCCAUCGAACUACAAAGUCGGAGAUAUUAUCAAAUGCUUCGCAUCAGCCACACUUACAGAUAAGCAAAAUCUGAAAGUAGAAGUGAACCCAUUGUGGAGUGGAUCUAUCUCAAGGGAAAAUGUUUCUGAAGACUUGAAAGCAACUUCUGCCGAUGGAGGAAUCGUUGAUUUGUCACUUUCCAAAGGCGAGAUGCGUCAAGCAAAAGUCAUCGCUGUUGAAAGAAAAAGAAUGUCUUUGGACCUGAAUCUCAACAUUUCCGAUGUAGAAACUGAAUUCAAGAUUGGCACCGCUGCUACUGGACGUGUCAUUUAUGUUAGCAAAACGUAUAUUCGUCUGAAACUGUCUUCUGGACAACAAGCUGUUUUAACUCCAACUGCUACCACUGAUAAAUACGAGAGUGUGGAGGAAAUCGCUGAGAAACAACUGGCAAUGGGACAGUUAGUCGAUGUCGUUGGUUUGAAAGUCGAAGGCAGUCCGUUACGAUACUAUGUUGCUAUGAAGAGCCGCUUCAACUCGAAAUCUUCUGAUCCAAAGAGACAGUUGCUCACCGACGCCACAGCGAUCAAGGAAGGAACUCAACUCGACGGAAUCGUUGGUAACGCUUCCAAAGGAUCCCUAUUCAUCGAACUGGGCCCUGGUAUCGUUGGACGUAUUCCAGUGAAUGAGGAGAAUCAGGAUAUUUUGGAAAUCGGAACAAGCAGUGUGGUUCGUGUCACCGCCGCAAAGGUUGCCAAAAACGAGAUUGUGCUGAAGCUAGACGAUAUUCUGAUCAGAAAGUGGACCAAGAAGCCAGAAAGAAAGAGACAUGCAUCGAAGAGCGAAGGAACUCCAUCUAAGGUUGCUCUGCUAGAAGAGGAGAAGACGUCGGAGACUGUAGAAACAGAAGAUCCAGGAUUCGAUUGGUCGAACAAGGGCUUCAGAAAUGAAGAUUUGGCGGCAGUUGGAAAGUUGACAAGUAAUGCCGAAGACGAUAGUGAUGAAGAUGAUGAGGACGAGGAGACUGAAGAAGUCAGUGACGAGGAAGAUGCUUCUGAUGCCGAAGAAGACGUUGAUGAUGAGGAAGAAGACGUUGACGAUGAAGAGGAUUCAGAAGACGACGAGGAGAAGAAGGUUGAGCUGAUUGAAAAGUCAGAGGAAGAGCACUCAAGAUUGGUUCGAAGUGACCCGAACUCUGCUAUCAACUGGAUUGAGUACAUGAGUCUUUUUGUGGAAAAAUCUGAUUUGAAGGCAGCGAGAAAGACUGCAGAGGAGGCGCUAUCUGCGAUUAAUCCAACUGAAUCCGAAGAGCUUCUGAAGAUGUGGACUGCCUAUCUGAACAUGGAAGUCGCCUACGGAGACUCCACCACCGUCGACGAGGUCUUCAAACGCGCCUGCAAAAAUGCCAAUUCCUACACAAUCUACCGAACUCUGGCGAAGAUCUAUCAAAAGUUCAAUAAGCACGCCGAAGCCAAGCACAUUUUGGAGCAGAUGGUCAGCAAGUUCCGUGCCAACAAACUCGAAGUUUGGACUUUGCUCGCCGAGCACUUGAUGAACCAAAAAGAGCAGAAGGGGGCGAGAGAUUUACUCCCGAGGGCAUUGAAAAGUGCGCCAAAGGCCCAACAGCGUGAGUGUGGUGUUUCCGGUUUACAACGUUUUGAAACAUGGAUUCUUUCAGAUAUCCAACUGAUUUCUAAAUUCGCCCAACUCGAAUUCAAGCUCGGAGAUGCAGAACGCGGAAGAACCCUUCUCGAAGGACUCGUCACUGCUCAUCCCAAAAAGACGGAUCUCUGGCUAGUCUACGCUGACGCUGCACUCAAGCAUCUUGGCAUUGAACAUGCUCGGAAAAUCCUGGAGAGAGCCUGUAACCGAGAGCUGUCGGUCCACAAGAUGCGGCCGUUGUACAAGAAGUGGUUGGAAAUGGAGAGUAAGCAUGGAGACGCCGCAUCGAUUCAACUCGUAAAGUCGAAGGCGGAAAGCUUCUUGCAGUCUGUUGCUGAUGAUGUCAUGGAAGAGGAAGAUUAA